UCGACAUUAGCCGCCGCUCGUCGUCUUACUUCUUGUCCUACCUACCUUCCUUACCUUCCUCGCCCUUACACGCACCGUCGUCGUUCGAGCUCAGCACAUCGAAUUAUGCAUUCCACCGAUGAUGCCGCCGUGCAUGUCCCCAUUUCAAGAUUUCCCUCUCACCCCCUUCCCUUAUUUGUCUCCAUAUCCUGUCCAAUCCGUCGGGCUGGCUGCGCUGUCCAGCCGGUCGCCUCUGCCGCACACCCCACUCCGUGCGCUGCUGCCCUGGUGCAUUCCUUCCCACACCCAUUUGGUCUAAGAUCGGUGUUGAACCCCUCGUCCCUACAAUAUCACUUACUACAAGCCGGUCACAGUAUGUACAGCCAGUCUAGUUGCUUUCCAAAGAAGCAUCUGCUAACACUUAGUCUUGCUCCUCCUACCUCUAGACUUGCGCGGCCAUAGCUCAGCUGUUGUCAAGUUCAUCCCCCCCCCCCCCCCCCCUUUUGACAUCGGUCAACGACAUUGUAACGUCAGAAAACGAACGGUCCACCAUAUCUUCGUCCCAACUGCCGUUCCAACCGAACUGCGUGGCAAUAUCACGGAUCACGGCAAUUUCGUCGGUCUUUUUGCCUUUCUGGAAUUGUGAAUCGCGUCUAAGACUCACCGCCUCACAUCGCUUCACCAUCCUCAUAGCUAGCCAGCCGGCACGGCCCUUCUUAUCAGUAGGACCACAGCGUACGAAUUGGGCAAUUUAGCUCGUUGCCACAUCGUCAAGAGUUGACGAAUCUUCUCUGCUGGGUCGCCGUCGUCUGCUCAGGUGAGCCGCAUGGGUUUAUUGUUCGUCUGGGAUGAGCUGAAAGGAGUCGCGCUCUUACGUCUCCGCCAUGAGACACUCCCCGGAAAUGCAACUCGACAGCCAUGCUACAUCCAUGAAUGGCCCGAAUUCCACGCAAAGCCUCCCAGCUAUGCUGUUGUGGGACCGGCAAGACUGUAUUCCUCUGAGAAAGGUUCUUUUAGAAGACGACAUGAUUGUCCUUCUCACGCCCGUCGUUGUACCCCACAGCAGACUCGGGGACAACGGCAAGGAUCCUUUCGAACCAUUGGGCCGUGCCAUUGCUUCGCGACAUUCGUUAGUCCGACACGUACCGUACACGAAACGAGGGGGCAUCACCAAUAUUCACUUUGAGUUCAUCAAGAGGGCCAAGGCCAUCGUCUUCGUCAUAUCAGGCCCUCCCCUCGACGAUGAUGUCUCGCAAAUCGACCUGGCUGAUACUGCGCGAACAAUGGCAGACGAGCGCCCUCAAAUCAUAGUGGCAUGUUGCAAUUUGCAAGCUCACGACUUCCACACUGAUCAUUUCGCAACGAUGGUUCAAAUCGCAGGGUAUUCGCCACCGGAGCUCGAGACCGCCGCGUCAAUAAUCUUUGGGGACAUCCGACCACCGAUGGGAAACGCAAUCCCUUUGCAAAACCUUAUCAUCGCGCCGCAAAUAUGGCCAGUCGAAGCUUGCGGAAUAGAUAUGGCACCCAUCCACCAACUUUGGACAGAAUGUCUUCCGCCCAAAUAUCACCUCUCGCAGCACGAGCUUGUCCUGCUCCUCCAGCGAGACGGCUUCUCCAGGCACUACGUUGUGCGUGAACCGGAGACCAAGCAGAUCAUCGGCUUUUGCGCUACAUAUACGACAUACCCCGACGGAGGUCAAGAUAAUCUGCUCGGAUCACUAGCCGUUCUGAUUGUCAAAAACUCGUGCCGAGGGCAAGGGGUAGGGUUGAGUCUCCAUGACCAUGCGCUCAGACAGUUGCAAAGGACUCGGGGAGUCAAUCGACUACAACUUGGCUCAACUUUUCCGCGCCUUUUUUACGGUGUGCCAUCCGAUUUCUUCUCGAUAGAAUGGUUUUCGCGUCGGGGCUGGCAGAUGAAUGGUGUCCACUCCGGCCAAGGGAUAGGGGCCUCGGAUUGGCUCCUAAAGUUUGACGACAUGCUGGCGAAAAACUACUCGUCAGCUGGACUGACGUUCCGGCGAUGUGGUAUGGCCGAGUACUACCAGGUCUUGGAUAUCGUGAGCCGAGACGCCGCCCGCAAGGAUAAUUUCGGCUGGUACGACCAGUACUUUAUCUUGGAUGGCACGCCACACAUCGAAGAUAUCCUCCUUGGCCUGGAGGGCGACACUAUUGUAGCCAUCGCUCUGACAUACACUCCUAAGUCGGGUAGUCCAGUUAGCGGUGACCUCCCAUGGGCCAAGAGCAUUGGGGCCGAUGUUGGGGGCGUUACAUGCAUUUGCAUCAUAGAUGACCAUCCCGAGAUGGUGAAUAGCCGAGACUCGGUCAUGACCAGGUUGCUCGAUACGUGCGUGAAGUUGCUAGCCGAGCAAGGCAUGCGACAAAUGUUCAUCGACGGCGCCAAGGGAGGCGACGCUGGGUUUCAGUCCCUAGGAUUUCGGGAAUGGGCGAAAUACAAGGACGUAUGGCGAAAGGUUGGAGCAUAGGAUCACUCGUGCGUGACAUUACACAGUAAACGUCAUUCAAUCCCGGGCCAAGAUGCGGUACCUACAGUUCCCAGAAUCAACCAGCGAUCUCUGGCAACUUUGGAGCCGCCCAAUUACAUUCGAUGGCAACAUAAGCAUACGCACCAAUCACCAGACACUCCCACGUCGGUUGCUUGGUCUGGACCUCGUCAACCGUCAACCGCAAAAGUUGUGAAUACUCGUAGCUCGGGGACAUCGAUAGCUACAUCGGCGCCAGCCGGCAACGCGCUUUUGUCAAAAAGAGCCCUAUACAAUGGAACAGAUCCACAAAGCCAGCAGCAUGGCGACGACUCUUCUAGCGCGGCUUCUGACAAGAGACUUCUGGGGAAUAGUAAGCAGAACUGCCAAUGACCUUGCUUGCCCCUGCUGACCGUGUCUGACACGGGCACAUGAGCGAGCAAUCGUGGCACCUAUCAUGGCCAUACCUCAUUGACUGUGGUCUCUUCGUUUCUGCCCUGUUGCGAGCCCGUGUGUCAGACGGUUGUUUUCAGUUUGAUGUUUAGACCGGUCUCGUCCAUCUUUCGCUGUUUAACACCCAAACACCGAGACGCAUGUGUGAUUGCACCAGAAGAUAGAUUUCUUGUAACUGCUGUUGCCUAGUUUGGUAGCUCUGACUUGAGCCCGUAACAGCAUUGUCAAGGAGCAACAACGAAGAAGUGGUCUCUGUUGUGCACCGGGACGGGCUGUCAUAUUCCGAUAGAGUCUUGCCUCAAGGUCCUGCCUGAUAUACAAUAUAGAACGAAUAACGGGUCGUUGAAGCCCAACUGACGAUGACCAUAAAUUGGUGCCGGAAGGCCAAGUUCGGAUUCAUGGAGAAAGGCACUGGGGUUGAUCAUCUCAAACUAGACCGGCGCAAUUGUCCCAAAAGCCACAAUGCCAGCUCUAUCCAGACGCACUCGACGCAUACAACAUAGCAGUCUAUACAAAGACCCUUAGUGUCCAGUCUUAUCGGGGCUC